GUUCGUUCAUUUGGUGAAGACAGCCUCGAUAUGGAGUUGCUACAGAAGCUUUUAAAACUUUAAUUUCAAACUGCUCCAAGAAAUGGAUUGAUUUCACAGUUAUUAAAGCCUAUAUAUACAUAUAACAAUGCCACCAAAGAAACCUUUAACUUCUAAAGCACCAGCUAAGACAACUACGAAACCCGCUGCGAAGACAACAGCUGCAAAAACUGGAGUCAAGCCACCUGCGAAAAAUGCUGUGAAAAAAACUGCUGGCAAAGCUGCUCCCAAAGGGAAACAAGAUGCUGCAUCAAACAAAAAGGCUGAUAAACCAAAGGAGAAGGUUUGGACAAAGGAUGAUGAGGCUGCUAGGAAGAUACAGACAGGUGCAAGAGGAUACCUGGCCAGGAAAAAACUUAAAGCGCUAAAGAAAGAGAAGGCAGACUAUGAUGAACUUAUGGAUAAACUAGAAAAGGAGGCUCUCAUUCAAGUGGUUAGGAUGCAGCAAGAGGAGGCUGAAAGACAGCAAGCCAAAGAAGAUGAGGAGAGAAGGCAGAGGAUACAAGAGAAGAAGAGACAGAAGCGGAUGCUGGAAUCUGCAUUUGAUGGAGAUGUAGAUGACAUGGAAGCCAUACUCAAAGAGGUGGGAGACAUAGAUGAUAAGAAUGGUAUAGGUCGAGAUGACAUAGGAACAGCAAUACGCAACAAACAUUUGCUCAACAUUGUUGAAUGUGAAGAUGCCAAUGAAAACACACCUCUUUCAGAAGCUUCAAGUGGUGGCAGUAUGGAUGCAGUCAAAUUUCUCAUCGAAAGAGGAGCUGAUCCCAAUCACCAAGGCCAGUUCCUAAGGACCCCUCUCUACAGGGCAGCCUUUGCUGGACAUUUAGAUGUUUGUCAGAUGCUGCUUCAACAUGGCGCAGACCCCAGGAUUUAUGCAAGUGAUGGCCAAUCUCCACAGCAUAUUGCUUCCCUUGAUGCAGUUGUAGAACUGUUGACAGAGUGGGAUAUCUCACAAACAGAAUCUCUUAAGGAAAAAAUUGAUAGAGAAAAAGAGAAAAGAUCUGAACAAGAGAAGAAAAGAAGAGAAGCUGAAACUAAUAAAUUAGAGGGCAGCUUGGCAGAGAUUCAGAAAGAGUUUGAAUCCAAGCAGAAGCAUUUGAAUUCUGCGUACUGUGAACUGAACAAGCGAAUUACGGAGCAUGACACUGUAUCAGCGCAAGGCUUUGAGAGAACUGAUAUUACUUUACAGUGUAUACAUGACCAGGAGGCAGUUGUAAAUACAGCCCAACUUGACUUUGAAGUGAUCCAAGGCAAACUACAGCAAGCAAAACUCAGGUUGAGAGAGCAACAAAUGAACAAUGCAGAACUUGGGGAUGACUUGCCAGGGUUAAAGGUUACUGUGCGGGAACUUGAUGAUGUACUUGUACGAGAUGUGGGUAACAAGAUCAAAGAUUCUGGAAAGUGGCCAAUGAUAAUAGACAGGACAGGCCAUGCUACUACCUUUCUAAGGUACCAAGAUACCAAUUAUGUCAAUGCUAUCAAUCCACAGUUUAUGGACAAAGACAAACUUAGACUGGCACUUUUAGGAGCCAUAAGAUAUGGCAAACCAUUUGUGAUUGACAUGAUGGAGUUAGACCUUUGGGAGCAGAUAGAAAUGAGAAUGAACGAUGUCGAAGCAGGACUCCUAAAAUCCAUUCUAGAUAAAUCUAUUAUCCAAAAUGAAAAGUAUUUAUCCCUUCUGCGGGACACUGAUGGUGAUGACUACUCACGGAACAGAUUUACAGACCUCAGAACAUCAAACUUCAAAUUUGUAUUGAUCACUAAGAACCCAUACCCGUCAAAGGACAUGAUUGAGAACUUCUAUGUGAUACGAACAGAUGUAUCAAGUUGAGACUAACCAAUCUGCUGUUUUCAAUUUUUACUGAUCAGUAUUAAUGUUAAAUUAGCAAAGAUAUAUAUAAAAGUAAAACAAUGCCAAGCUUAAAAGUGAACGUGAUUCUAAAGGCAGUAUUUUUUGCGGUGUUUGGCCUUGUAUGACGUCUAGCAUAAUGAUUUUAGAGAAUCUGUUUUUACCAAUCUGUUUUAAAGAUGGCAUGGUGGUCUGUUGGACAGAUUCUUUUUCUCAAAUUCAGUGUAUCAAAAAAACAGAACAUUAAAAAGUAUCUUUGAAGAAUUCAUGGGCUUUCUAGUUGAAAACCCAUGAAAAAUUGCAGCAUUAUUUUGGUUGAAAUGUCACUACUGGAAUGAUGAAAGCUUAUUGUUAUUUCAAAGUGUAAAUGUUGUAUGUCAGUGUUCACCAACUGAUGUCAGUGCUUCCUGCUGUGAUGUCAGUGUUUUGGGAAUGUUAUGUGAUAAAGAACCUCUUUUAAUAUAUUUUAAUAUUUUGAAGAAAGGAAUAUGUAAAUAAUGUGUGACCUCAAGUUGAAAAAUUAUACAUACAAUUCAGGCAACUUUGUCAGAUACAGAUAUAGAAAAUAUUCAUGCUAAACUUUAAAUGGUAAAGCUUGGAAGGCAGCGGCAUAUCCUACUUAUAAUAUAUUAAAUACUAAAUAAUAGGACAUUAGACAUUAAAGUCAAUGUACAUAAUGAGUGUAUAAAUGUAAAUGAAAUAUCAUGUAUUAAUAUAAGUCUAUGUAUGAAGUGUACCAUUCAUUAUAUAGGCCCUAUAGGCAUUAUAUAAUUUAUACGUCUUCUGCCAUCUUUAUUUUGUUACC